AUGAAUGUAGCUCAGGCUCGUGCUGCUCGUCGCCAAACGCCCAUCCUUCCCUUUCUACGCCGCAAGACGAAAACGGACCGCGACACCCUCUCUCGGAACUCAUCUAUAGCGACCAGUCAAGCCCAGUCAAACAAGACGCCGACAGCUCAGCAUUGGCAGCCAGCAGCGGAACCAGCCCGACCAGACGAACCCGACACGGAACAGAUAACCGUCCAGGCUGGUGCGCUUGACCUUGCCCAAGAGCCGGACGGAACAGCAACACAACCGGACGAGCUCGACUUUGCGCCAGAGCCAGAGGUAUACCCGGAGCAGGUGGAAGAAGUCAUGUCUGCUCCACGGUCCAUCAGUCCCCCAAGCGUCUUCGACCACGUCGACACCCGCGGCCAGCAACACCAACAUCAACAGCACUACACCCCACCCACCACCGUCAACAACAACCCCGGCUCCGGCUCCGGCGAAGACGAACCCUCCUACGACCUCAAGCCGCCUCCCCCAUCCGCCACCCACGACAACGUCGAAGCCCUCUCCGACCGUCUCUUCUCCGCCGAUCAUCUGGACGCGAUAAUCCGAGAUCACAACCACGCUGCUCGUCUCACUCGCUUCCUGAAUCAAUACCGGCCUCAGCAAGCAGACACCCUCGCCCGGUAUAUGGAGACGAAAAAGGCCAUCGCAGCCAUACAGUACGCGAACGCCAUCGCAGAACAGAUCCCCCCGAACCAAGGCCGUCCACGCUAUGUAGCGGCAACACUAGACCAGCGCUUCGAGGCCAAGUCGGCGGAGAUAGUGGAGGAUCUUGUGGAGGAGGCCUUGCCGGCAUAUAUCACACAUAGACUCGUCACCCUUGUCACGGACACAUUGGUCAAGGAGAUCACGGGAAAUAGCGCCCCGGUGAUGCGGGAACUGAUCCCCAGUCUAGCGGAAGUGUAUUGCGUGACUGAUCCUUCUUUGCCGGACAAUCCUAUCGUCUAUGCUUCAGAAGAAUUUUACAACACCACCCAAUACGGCCGCGAAUACACCAUCGGCCGCAAUUGCCGCUUCCUCCAGGGGCCCAAAUCUAGCAACGCCACGGUGCGACGGAUGAUCGAAGCUAUACAAUCCGGCCAAGAAAUCUGCGAGACGAUAUUGAACUAUCGCCGAGAUGGUUCACCGUUUAUGAAUCUCCUCAUGCUGGCCCCGCUCUAUGAUAAUAAAGGCCAAGUCCGAUAUUUCCUCGGCUGCCAAAUCGACGUCAGCUCCCUAAUCGAGAACGGGAGGGGUCUGGAGUCCUUCUCCGGCUUACUCGCGCAAGAUCGUAGCGAGAGUCGUUUCGGGGGAAGGGAUAGAUCUGCUCACAAUGCUCUCAAUGAGCUCGGGCAGAUGUUGAGUGAGGAGGAAGGGAGGAUGGUCGGGAGUGGGAGUGGGAGGGCGAGGAGUUUCGCUUCUGCUGAGGGAGGAAAGUCGGGUGCGCAGGCGCAGCAGCAGCAGCAGUAUCAGUCGUCGUCGACGGCGACGCCGCAGAGGAGGGGCAAGAGGAUUUUGUUGGGGAUGGAGGAGACGGCUACGGAGAGGACGCUUUGGCCUAGUGCGGCGCUUGGACCGAGUGGGAGGUUACCGGGCGUUUAUCAGAAUUACCUCCUCGUGCGCCCCUACCCCUCUCUACGCAUCACCUUUACCUCCCCCGCCCUCCGCAUCCCAGGCCUCCUGCAGACGAAAUUCCUCGAACGGAUUGGCGGACCCCAGCAUAUUCGCGAGGGAAUCUUGGAUGCGAUGGCCCAUGGCACGAGUGUGACGGCGAAGGUGAGUUGGCUUACUCAUUCUAAUGAGGCGGGGAAGAGGGACUCGGCGAUGGUCGGGAAACCGCGCUGGAUCCAUUGUACGCCUUUGCUGGGGAGUGAUGAGAGGGUCGGGGUGUGGAUGGUGGUUAUGGUUGAGAAUGAGGAGGUUACGGGCUCCUUGAACCGCCACCAGCAGCGGGAUCAGCAGGGUAUGGGUAUGAGUUCCGAGGACGUCGGAGGGCGCUUGGGGGGUUCUAUCGGGAGUGGGAAUGGGAAUGGAGUGGUGAGUCCGAGGUACCAGGAGGAUCGAAAUAAACUCUAUUCGGAGUAUUUGAGGCGGGAGGGACGGCCGGAUACGGCGGAUAGUGGGAUGGGGGUGGGGAGUAGGGCCGGGAGUCAGAGGGAGGUGGGGAGUCAUCAGCAGAGGGAGGGGCCGGCGGAGAGGGAGAGGGAGAGGAGGGAGGUGGAUGAUCAGUUUCGGGAUUUCUGA